UACGGUAUCUCUGCUGCUGUCAUUGGUUCCGGGUUUCCCUAGCGCCGCUUCCUGCUUCUAAUGAACAGGUACCCUUGGGAGAUCGCUGGCAGGAGGGUAUAUCAGCCCAUAAGUUUUGUUCCUGCUUUUGUCUCCCAUUCCUGUAACCAAAAGAACAGUACCUAAUAAUAGGAGCUACGUACCAGGCUUUCACUCUGCAAUACGCCUCUCAUGGAGAACGCCAGCUUUCCAACUACGUUCCCUGCAGUGACUGUGUGAGGCAGGUGGUGCAAGAUCCUGUGCUGGCUAUUAGACAGUGUUAGGAAAUGCAGGCUCCAGAUAAUCCACAUCGACUACUGGGCCAAAUCCGCUGUGUUUUGGAGUGUAUCGACUGCUUCCGACAUGUGCAGCCCCUCCCCGAGGCCUUAUGUUAUGUUCCUGGGGAAGUGCAGUACAAAAUCUGCAAGGACACCAGCUCAUCAUCAUCAUCUCGUUCCCUGUUGACUGUUUGGGAGGCACCUGGAUAUGCCAAGCAAAACUUGAAGAAAUUGUCUCGGGCAACAGUUGAAGUGCGCAAAGGCAGCUGUGUCACAGCCACAGGGGAGGAAUACUGCAAUGCUAAUGGACUGUGGGUAAAGCUGAGCGAGGCACAAAUGGAAGAAUUUAAAGGUAGCUGUGACAUGGCAGAGGGCUGGGUCUUGCUAUGUCGGCAAGAUGAAGGAGGAGACAGGCUUAUUCCUGUGGAGUCUACAGAUAAAACCACGAGGCAGCAACAGGUGUUUGGGAUAGACUACAAAUCAGUCCACAUGUGGGAGAAGGUUGUUGAUGCAACUUAUUCUAUGCACUUAGGGGCCAAACCUAAAAUCAUUAAGCCAGAUGAAGAGGCAGUUCAAAAACUGCGCUUCCUUCCUCCAUCUUGGACCUAUGAAUGUGAUGAAGAUCUGGUGCACUUUCUUUUUGAGCACGUUGUAAAGCAAGAUGAGAGCUUAGGAAGUGUGAAGCAGUAUGUAGAAAGCAUCAGUGUGUCCUCUGCUACGGUGGAAAACAACUUGUCGUGUUUGACAGAUGGUUACCAUGACACAUAUUGGGAGAGCGAUGGCUCCCACGGUGAGCACUGGAUCCAACUACACAUGAAAGAAGGCACCAUUGUCAAGAGACUCCUGAUAACUGUGGACUCUACAGAUGAAUCGUACAUGCCCAAAGGGAUUGUGGUAUAUGGAGGUGAGAGAGAUGCCCUGAAAAAAAUCAACGAAGUCUCCUUAGACGAAAACCUGAUUGGAGAUGUUUGUAUCCUGGAAGAUAUGACCACUCACCUACCAAUCAUUGAGAUCAAAAUCACACAGUGUCUGGAUGAAGGAAUUGAUGUCCGGAUCAGAGGGCUCAAGAUUAAAUCUUCAAAAAGGCGUGAUUUAGGCCUCACUGCUGAUCUUUUCCAGCCAAACAACUUAGUUCGGUAUCCACGCUUGGAGGCCAUUGAGCCAGAUGUGCUUUAUCAUAGAGCUGUGGUAGUCCAGAGGUUUGUUAAGUUGCUGGAUAAUGUGCUAAAUCACAUGGUACCGGCCUGGGAUCACAGCAUUGGCACAUUCAAUCAGCUAAAGCACAUCAAACAGUUCCUGCUGCUAUCCAAAUGCAGAUCUUCACUUAUUACUCAGUGUCUAAAGGAUUCAGAAACCAUGAAACCCGACUUCAUGCCCUGUUUAUAUAUUAACCGUAGGAUUGCAGUGGAGCAUCGGGACAAUCCUUCAUUGGACCCUUCAUACAAGAAGACUGUUUUCAGUCAGGUAUAUGAAGGCCUAAAGCUUACAGAUAAAUCAGAGAAACCACUGGAUUACAGGUGGCCUGUAAGGUAUGAGCAAUGGUGGGAGUGUAAAUUUAUUGCAGAAGGAAUUAUUGAUCAAGGGGGAGGUUUUAGGGACAGUCUGGCUGAUAUAUCUGAGGAGCUUUGCCCAAGUUCUGCUGAUAUACCUGUUCCACUACCAUUUUUUGUACGCACUUCAAACCAGGGUAACGGAACUGGGGAAGCACAAGACAUGUAUGUGCCAAAUCCAUCAUGUAAGGACCUGGCAAAAUAUGAGUGGAUUGGACAACUUAUGGGAGCAGCACUGAGAGGAAAGGAAUUCUUGGUUCUAGCUCUGCCAGGCCUGGUGUGGAAACAGUUGACUGGAGAAGAAGUAAGCUGGAGUAAGGAUUUUCCUGCAGUGGAUUCUUUACUUGUGAAACUUCUGGAGAUGAUGGAACUUAUGGACGAAGAAACAUUUGAGUUUAAGUUUAGUGGUGAGCUGACAUACACCACUGUCCUGAGUGAUCAAAAGAUGGUGGAGCUGGUUCCCGGAGGCAGCAACAUAUCCGUGCUCUAUAAGGACCGUGUGGAAUUUAUUAGAAUGGUGCAGAAAGCACGACUGGAGGAGAGUAAAGAACAGAUAGGAGCUCUCCAGGCUGGCCUUUUGAAGGUUGUCCCACAAGCAGUGCUAGAUCUUCUUACAUGGCAAGAACUUGAGAAAAGGGUUUGUGGGGAUCCAGAAAUCACUGUUGAAGCCCUAAAAAAACUAACCAGGUUUGGGGACAUAGAACAAACAGACACUCGGGUCCAGUAUUUCUGGGAGGCACUAAACAAUUUCACUAAUGAGGACCGCAGCCGUUUCCUAAGGUUUGUGACUGGCCGGAGUCGACUUCCAGCACCAAUUUAUAUCUACCCAGAUAGAUCAUGGCUGGGUACAGACGACUCCCUACCUGAAUCAUCCACCUGUUCUAGUUCCUUGUAUCUGCCAAAUUAUGCCAGUGCAAAAAUUUGUGAAGAGAAACUGCGUUAUGCUGCAUAUAACUGUGUAGCCAUCGAUACAGAUAUGAAUCCAUGGGAAGAAUAAGUUAAGAAAGUCAAGGGGAAGCCAUGACGCUUUUCACUAAUACAGAAACCAGACAACAUUUGUCCUGAUGGGAUCCAAAGAAAAUUGCCAAUUAACUAUAUAGUUACAUCCAAGAUACAUUUUGCAUUGCAUUAAGAGCAUGAAUCCCAAAUGCCUGUCUGUAUCUUGCUUCCUGUAUAAUUAAAUGACCUUGGCAGUGCAAUGCCCGAGUGACAUAUUUUCUUAUAGCAUUCAGUGUUCUGCAAUAUUAAAAAAUACAGUUUGUUUUGAUCAAAAAAUAAUUCUUACCUAGCCAGGGAUGUGAUAUAUAUGCUAUGGGCUAUUUUGAUUCAUGCACAGACUUCAGAGGAAAUGUGUGGCAUUCCCAUGCUCAACAUUUCACAUUUUCAGUGUCAGUGGCUAGCACACGUCUACACAAAUAUAGGUGUUAGCUCUUAAGGAAAAUUAGAGAAACUUCUAUUAAUUAUUAAGGUUAGUGCAAAAAAAUGUGUGCAGUUGGUCACACUUUUAAACCCCCACAAUACAGAGAUUUUUUCCAGAAUUCUAGCAUCUCUGUGCCCACCACCACUGCUAAGUCUGCUUCCACCGUUAUACUAGACAUAUAGAUGAAACUGUUGCCCAAUUAUAAAGGGUACUAAGUUGUUCUAUUACAUACCUUUCAGCUAUGUGCAGUUUUACACAUGUAAUAAACAGAAGGCAUAGUAAUAAAUAAGAAACCUGUACUUUUACCUACAUAUACCCUAUAUGUACCCUGAUGAAGGCUCUUCAGUUAAGGUAAAACACUGGGCUUUUGAUGAUGCAUUCAUUAAUACAUUUAAAAAAUAUAAUCGAUUUAAAGUCCUUGAAGGAGAACUACACUUUAAGAAUCCCUCUGUAGGGCUAUGUAUUGAAAAUUAAUUAUGUUACACCCUCUGUGCUAAAAAUAAAGAAUAAAAAGAGUUUAUAUUAUUAUGA